UGCUUCCAAGAUGCAGAUGUACCUUCUUUUUGGCUGGCGAAGAGAGUUUUGAGAGAAGAAGCACAAAUAUAUCCGCCAUUAGAGAUGGUAAAAGCUCCAAUAUGAGCUCUGCGUACCCAACCGGCUUGAGGAUUCUUAUAGAGCGUUCAAGAGGUGAACCUAACAUUGUCUGUAAAUCCACAAUGACAUGGAGAAAACGAAGACCCAUCACGGCUGGAGCUCAACGUGCUGUUUCCUUCAAUUCUGGAGAAAUCGAAUUUAAAUCUCUUAAAACAUGUCACCUGUGCCAGAAACGCUUGAGCCCCAAUAAAGAUGUUUUCAUGUACAGGGGAGACCAAGGGUUCUGUAGCGUGGAAUGCCGAAGCCGGCAAAUUUUCUUAGAUGACAUGAGAGAGAUUGAAGCUUCUACUAACGCUAUGCUAUCAUCAUCAUCAUCAUCCCCUUGUCGAUCAAGCAGGCGGGUUCGAGAUUCCGGUUGGCGAAGAUUAAGCUGA